AUGGCAGUCGGACUUCAGGUCCGGGCUAAGGCUGAGAGACUCUGGCUGCUGCGGAUCGGGGAGCCGGUUGGACCAGAACUUGGCCUGCGUGUACCUCCCGCAGACCCCGCGGUGAUGGUCCUCCUCAUCCUGGCCAGGACGCUGCCCCACAUUGAGUCCCACAGAACAACCUAUGAGCCUGGCUCCCCAGGAGGGCCCUGUCCCCAGGAGGGGGAUCAGAAGAUCGUGGCUGGAGUCACCUGGGCGCAGCGUUUGAUGUGGCACCUGCAGCGGCAGAACCGACACCCAACCAAGAGGACGCUGCAGGGAGCCGGCAUGCAGACGUCUGUCCCGUCUGUUCACAGGGCCCAGUUCCUGGCCAGCUUUGGCCAAAGCGAGAGACUGGACUUCGGAGAAGAUGCAGAAAGCAAAGAGGAGGGGAGCGGCCGAUGUCCCAGGGCUGUGGGGCCGCUGGCUGUCAAGGUCAGGCGGGACAUAGUGGGUCUUCUAGAAGGGUUUGUGGGCCAGCAGGGCCAUUUAACUGGAGGUGGUGGCCUCUGUGGGUCCUCCAGCCUUCAGAUUGUUAUCCAGGGCCACCAAGAGAAGCUGAAGCACAGGGCCAUUUGCGGGUCCUUUGUGUUUCUCUGCGUCCAGAGCUGCAGUUCUUCUCUUCACUGCUCUGCGUCCUCUGCUCCUACAGGUCAAAUCUAUGUGUCCUUGUGUCAUGCAGGUAUCCGCAAAUUUGUGACUGAAAGACCAGGACCCCCUGGAAGCCGAGAAAUGGGACUGUUGACAUUCAGAGAUGUGGCUAUAGAGUUCUCUCUGGCGGAAUGGCAAUGCCUGGAUCGUGCUCAGCAGAAUUUGUAUAGAGAUGUGAUGUUAGAGAACUACAAAAACCUGGUCUCCCUGGGUAUUGCUGUCUCUAAGCCAGACUUGAUCACCCAUCUAGAGCAAAAUAAAGAGCCCCGGAAUAUAAAGAAAAAUGAGAUGUUAGCCAAACACCCAGUUAUGUGUUCUCAUUGCACCCAAGACCUUCAGCCACAGCAGGGCAUAAAAGAUUCACUCCAAAAAGUAAUACCAAGAACAUAUGAAAAAUGUGGAAAUGAGAAUUUACAAUUUAAAAAAUGCUGUAAAAGUGUGGGUGAGUGUGAGGUGCACAAAGGAGGUUAUAAUGAUGUUAACCAAUGUUUGUCAACUACCCAAAACAAAACAUUUCAGACUCAUAAAUAUGUCAGAGUCUUUGGUAAAUUUUCAAAUUCCAGUAAGCAUAAGACAAGACAUACUGGAAAGAAUCAUUUCAAAUGUAAAAAAUAUGGCAAAUCAUUUUGCAUGCUUUCACACCUAAAUCAACAUCAGGUAAUUCAUACUAGGGAGAAGUCUUACAAAUGUGAAGAAUGUGGCAAAUCCUUUAACUGCUCCUCAUACUGUACUAAACAUAAAAGAAUUCAUAUUGGAGAGAAACCCUACAGAUGUGAGGAACGUGGCAAAGCCUUUCGCUGGUCCUCAAGCCUUAGUAGACAUAAGAGAAUUCAUACUGGAGAGAAACCCUUCACAUGUGAAGGAUGUGGCCAAGCCUUUAGCCGGUCCUCAGCCCUUAAGAAACAUAACCAAAUUCAUACUGGAGGGAAACCCUACACAUGUGAAGAAUGUGGCAAAGCCUUUAGGCGCUCCUCAGCACUUACUAACCACAAGAGAAUUCAUACUGGAGAGAGACCCUACAAAUGUGAAGAAUGUGGCAAAGCCUUUACCUUUUCCUCAGCCCUCACUGACCACAAGAGAAUUCAUACUAGAGAGAGACCCUACAUAUGUGAAGAAUGCGGCAAAGCCUUUAACUGCUCCUCCAGCCUUGUGCAACAUAAGAGAAUUCAUACCGGAGAGAAACCCUACACAUGUGAAGAAUGUGGCAAAGCCUUUAGGUGCUCCUCAGCCCUUACUAACCACAAGAGAAUUCAUACUGGAGAGAGACCCUACAAAUGUGAAGAAUGUGGCAAAGCCUUUAGCUUUUCCUCAGCCCUCACUGACCACAAGAGAAUUCAUACUGGAGAGAGACCCUACGCAUGUGAAGAAUGUGGCAAAGCCUUUAACUGCUCCUCAACCCUUAAGAAGCAUAAGAGAAUUCACACUGGAGAGAAACCCUACAAAUGUGAAGAAUGUGGCAGAGCUUUUACAUGGCAUUCAAGUUUUGCUAUACAUAGGAUACGUCAUACUGGAGAGAAACCCCACAAAUGUGAAUAAUGUGGCAAAGUCCACCCUCAGGCCUUAUAAUACAUAAAAUAAUUUAUACUGAAAAAAAAAACACUACAAGUGUAGAGAAUGUGGUCAGGCCUUUAACCAGUUCCAAACCUUAAUUGAACAUAUGAGAAUUCAUAUUGGAUGAAAAUCUUAUAAAUGUAAGUAACAAACCCUUUGACUAAUGCUUAAACUUAAUAAACCUAAGAGAAUUUAUUGAAAAAAGAAUUUUUUUGAGAUGGAGUCUCACUUUGUCACCCAGGCUGGAG